AUGGAGCGGGUGUGGAAACGUGUACAGAGUGCGGGACGUCGUGGUACAGCCGGACGUUGUGGCUGUUCUAUACAACCAUGCCAAUUGCACGUGGAUUCGCGAUCUAAACGCGGUGAUAACACCCGUGGGAAAACUCAUGGCCCUCAAACAAUUGUUUGUUCUUGUCAAGUGCAACCCUGUCCUGUUCAUCCUGUGCUGAUUAGGGUACGACGCACGCGGCCUCGGAACAGCUGCGACUGCCCGCUGGAGUCGCAGCCGUGUCCCCACGUAAAUCGACCUUCCUCGCGUAGAGUUAGAAGAUGUGAUUGCCCUGAACGCCCGUGUCGUCACAGUUCAGCCUCAGGAGUAUCACGUCGUCGUCCCCAAGGUUCCUUUUCAUUUCCAUCAGCUCCUAUGCCUCCGCGAAUUAAAAAUUCCUCAAAUAUUGAUGUAUCCUGCAAAUGUCCUGAGGGAUCUAAUUGCCAGCAUUCAGUAGAAAAAACAGGAUGUGAGUGCGAUGCAACACCGUGUGCUCAUACCAUUAAAUCACGGCGGUCGCGACGCACAUGCGAGUGUACAAGUCAACCGUGUAGUCAUUCAAAGUCUGCGGAAGGACGUAUUAAGCGUGUCAAGUGUCGAGUGAGACGAGCUGGGUAUGCUGUCGCUAGACGUACCGCUGAAUUUGCUAUGCUUGGAUUACCCUGGGAACUGGCAACAGAGUGUGCACCCUGUGGGUCGGGUGUUUUUACUAGAAGACUGUGCCGUCGUCAGCAGAGUGAUAAUGAAUUGUACCGGAGUAACAGCUUCAAGUUUGAGAGAUUCGAGAGAACUAAAGAAGAAUGUCUAACUCCAGUUAGAAAACAGAUAUCGCUUUGCGACGACUAUAGUCUUCCGGUUGAUUUUGUAAAUAAGCAACGACCUGGAAGUGGUACGGGAAUAACAUCAACUGUCCAAUGGGCCUUACCAAGUCCCAGUAUUGAAAACGCGGAAAUAGAAGUAAUUGAACAGUACAGUGAUCCACGGGACAGCAAAAGUCGGGCUUACGUCGAACCAGGGGCUGAAACAUCCCUAGCAGUUACAUACAGCAAAAUAAAUCGCGACUACUGUCGACCCUACACAGAUCAUUCAGUAUCAGAUUCUUCUGUUAAUGAAAAUCUUACCGGUCGAUCAUCUCACCGACGCAAAUCUAAAAGUCACUCAAGAGCAUCAACAGUAGGGAAAAAUUCUUGCUUGAGUAGUGAAAAAUGUAAUAGUACUAACGAAGGUGUCACCGUAGAUUGUGUUGCUUUAGUCCAUGUGCCCGAUCAAUCUCCAACGGAAGCUAAUCAACCAGUCCGUCAUCCUUCACCUUAUUAUUACGGUGAUCUUUUCAAAUUGCCCGAACAACAAUCCAAAUCACAAUUGAAUAAAUAUCGCAAAAGUAUAAGUCUUGAUGUACCCGGGGAAAGAUCAAGAACACCAGCAUUGCCUAAAAGAAAUUCUGUAGCUGGCGACGGAGGGUCAACUUAUCUUACACCAAACUUUCAACAAAAUUUAACUCAAGACUUACAAAGUUCUGCAGAAAGUGAGCAUGCAACUCAAUCUAAAAGUAACGAGAUACUCUCAUCGUGCAUUAUUACGGAGUGGGAUCACACUUUGAUGCCUCCACAUCGUCUCUUAAGUCAUGAUUUACCGACGACAGUGUGUCUGUGUGUUGGCUCACCCGACGAGGAUGAGUUAGAGGGACCGGUAAAAAUUGCGCGUCAUCAAGUGCGCAAAUUACGACGUACUCGUAGAAUAGAAUCACAGCAACCGGUACUUGUUGAAAACGAUUUCGACGGUGAAAUUGAAAAACCUGGCGACGAAGCAGACAGUGAAGAAGAAGCUGCUGAUGUUGAGGAAAUUGAAGACGAAGAGAUGGCUAGACAACGGCAUUUAUAUGAAACAGCUUUCGAUUGCAAGGUCAAUCGAUCCGAUGAUGAUCUGGAUGACGUUGACAGAGUCACCAAUCAUCCGGUAUUGCAUUCCCAGAUAAGGACUAAUUUAAGUGGCUCUCAAUCGAGAGCAUGUUCUUCCACAGAUGCAUCCAAACAUCAACUGCAAAAUGUCCAUUAUGUCACAGCGUCACAACAACCUGCUUCCAAAGACAACCGACGCAAAGUUGUACUCCUUCGACCUAAACCAAUACCGCAUAGACUAAAUAAUCAACAAGACAAUAUGACAAGUUUGUCUCAAGACAUCGAAUCCCUCCAAAUAAAUUCAGGUGACGAAAAAACGUCUUCACCAAGACAUCCUGCCCGAGAAUAUACGCCAUCGCCUCCAUCCACUGCACCGCUACCUGUUAAGUUUCGUGGUAAUAAAGACCACCUAUUGCUAAAUAUUCGCAGUGCUCCAAAUUUACCCUCGCAGCCUGACCACCCGAGAUUGAAAGAUAUAAGACUGCCGGUUAAAUCAUUAAGAGCCAAAGAGUCUCCGAAGAGCAAUGAAGGCUGUAUUUUAGAGAUAAAGAGUCGACCUAAGAGUCUAAUUCAAGAAAACAACGAGUCAAAUAUUUGUAGGACAGAUAAAGAAGUUAUUUUAGAAUUUAAGGGCAGGCCAAAAGAAGACAGACAACGACCGAGAAGUUUGAUCCGAGAAAGUAGACCUAUUAUGGAGUUUAAAGGUAGGCCGCAUGAAGCGGAAGGUGAUCUUCCUCGUCCUAAAAGAGAACUAGGGCUUAUUGAAUUCAAAUUACGUCAGACUAGGCGCAGAAUUGGGUACUCUAGCACUGAAAGUAUGGCUACUAGCAGCAGCGGAGGUAGUAUGGAGUCGUUAAGAAGUAGUACUAGUGAAGGCAAUAGAUCAACCAGUAGCUCAGAAAGUAGACACAGUACCAGUUUGAGUUCUCACAGUUCAGACAGCGGCAGCACAAACUGUUUCCAUCAUCACCAUCAUAACCACCAGCAACCUGUAUCAGGUUUUCUGACGUAUCAUGCACCUAAGCUUCAUAUUCUUUCACCUAUCUCAGAUAAAUCAUCUCAAGAACCAGUAUCCGAAACAUCAGACAACAAUCGUAACAAUAAUUCACAAAAAGCUUCUCCUGAAGAAGCCACUACUGAAAAAGUUUCGAUAAAUACCAACACAAAUACUAACACCAACACAUCAAAUGUCGUAUCUCCAACGGAUACGUCAUUCAAAAAACGACGCACUCCGCAAAAUAAAAAUUUAAUAAAUUUAGCAAUGCAAUCAUCGUCUUCCGGCGAUGCUGAGAUUCAAGGAUCGGAUAGUGGAAUUUCGAUAGAAUCUCGUGCUGGGAUAAAAUGUAAACCAUUUGGAUUUCAUGUGAUAAAAUCCCAAAUGGACAACAUUAAUUUGGUCGAUAACGAACCAGAUUUAUCAGAUUUACCAUUCGACAUGCCAAAACUUCGUAGAAGACGGCUUCUUAUGCAGCAGGAUGCAACAACAUCCGGUAGUGCGACUAGUGUUGAUCUACGAGAUCUUCCCUUUGAUAUGCCAAAACUUAGAAGAAGACUGAGAUGUACACAAAGUACUGAAUCCAGUGGGUCUCAAGCUUCUUCUAGUCUCUCCGUAAGGGAUGUUGAUUCACUUACUGUAAUAGGCGGCAGUGUGGCGCGUCCAAAGAUGACGCUUAACUUGGAUGCGAAUGGUGGCAAUGGAGGAAAUGGAGCUCUACAACUAUUGAAAAAACCCGGUGGAUUGAGCCUUGGACUGCCCCUUGAAUUAACAACCAGCCGAGCAUCCGCUGACCUCGUGGACGUGGAAUUACCACUUGAAAGACAAGGGUGGUAUCAUGGAUCAAUAACGAGAAUAGAGGCUGAGGCUGUUCUUCGACUUCUUAGGGAAGGAAGUUACCUAGUGAGGAACAGCGAAUCUACAAAGCAAGAUUACUCGUUGUCUUUGAAAAGUGCCCGUGGGUUUAUGCACAUGCGAAUACAGAAGAAUGACGAAUUAAAUGGUUACAUUUUGGGACAAUUUAGCAAACCAUUUGACAGCAUACCUGAAAUGGUGCGCCACUUUAGCGUCAAUCGUCUUCCCAUACGCGGCGCUGAGCACAUGUGUCUUUUGCAUCCAGUUAUAGCCCAACUUUUGUAGCGCUUCUAUCGAAGCGCCCUGUAAGGCGCUAUAUUUUUUCACUGACAAGGCGACAGAUUUAAUGACCCCGAGUUAUAAAUUCGCAAGGGAUUCUUUAUCGAUACUUUUCGACAUUAAAUAAUAUCCAAAAUUGAGUCAGAAAGUCAGCCCUUAAACUUUCCGCUGUCUACGAAAUUAGAAUCGUUAUUUAAAUCGGAUUUCAAUCAGACCAAUCAGAGCGCUCAUGAGAAUCAUGCUCCAAUCGGAGUCAAUUGGAGUUGCAAUCAGAGCGUGCUGGUAAAAAAGCCGGCUAAAAAUUUUAUAUUGAACUGCAAUAAUAUGAGUCUUAAAUUAAAUUAUUUUAAUAUUCCAACAGUUACUUGUUUUCAAAAUUUAAUUAGCGAUAUUUAAUUAAAAAUUUUCCGUGGACUCGCGUUAAAAUUAUCGUUUUUUUUUUAAUGCAGAUUAAGGUAAAAGCCCCUAUACCCGCGCACUUUUCAUUGGAGUGAGAUUAAAUCACUCAAUAUAAAUUAAUAAAUAAAAUGAAAAACCAUAUUUUAUUUUAUAGUUAUUUUUUGAAGUUUCGAGUAUUAGAAUAAAAUUUAAGUUUGAAGAAUAAUGCUGAUAAUUAAUUAUUAUUAAUUUUGUAAAUAAGGUCCUAGAGUGUACCCAUAGUCGCUCACUAAAAGUUGUGAUGUACCAUUACUCGACCAACACAUGGCCCUAUAGUCGCUCAAAGACAAUAUCAAUUAAACUAUAAUAAGUUUAUUGAUUUGGACAAAUAAUUUAUAAAUUAUACUCCUUUAUUCUUUCAUAAUAUAAAAUUUCAUGAAUUUUUAAAAUAUAUUUAAUAAAAUAUAGUUAUAAAAAUUCUUAAAAAAUUUGACGUAACCUUAAUUUAAUCUAACGAAUGAACGUGAAAGUAAAAAAUGCCCGGCUUUGCACGAUUUUGAAAACAGUCAUUUAAUUUAAAUUUAUAAUCUGUUAUAAAAUAAUUUGACACAUUAUAUUUUAAUAUAUUUAGAUUCACAAAUAAUGCUAAAUUUUUUUUUUGUUGCAAUCUUAACUGUAUAACUUCCGUUUUCUACAGUUUUUAUUAUUUACAUAUUUUACAUUACAUAGUCUUUAGGUUACGUUGCAAGCAAUUUAAAGUCCCUAUUUUUUGCAAUCACGAAGUGUUUUUAGUGGGCAUGAUUGCAGACAGGUGGCAGUCUGGCGGCGAUAUGGAACAAAUGCCACAGGUCAAUGCAUUAUAUCAACUUGUGAAAAAUAAUUCAUUUGCUCCCUGUGGGAUUCGAACCUGAGCCUGGCCAGUUCUUGAGUUCGAAGACAAGAGUGUUAUCCACUCGACCACAAGUACUGGUUGAUUCACAAAUAAUUAUUUAUCAAUAAUAAUAUUUUUAGUUGUAAUUUUUUUUUAAUAAAAAUUAUAAAAAAAGCAUUAAACAGUUAAAGUGAGCGACUAAUUGUACUGAGCGGGUUAGGGGCUUUUACCUUAAUUACAAUUAUUUUUUUUUUUACACUAAAAAUUGACAGUGGGAAGUUUAGAAAAAAAAAAAUUUGAUAUGAUGGCAAGUAAUGAAAUUUUUGGUCGUUAAUUUUCUCUAGUUUGUUUUAAUUUAUAUUCGAUUUAGUAUCCUGAGCAUUAUAAUGACUUGUUUAUUGAGUGAAAGGGAAUCGCCUGUGAGAGGACAAUAAUUUGAGCCAUUGGGAUACUACGUUGUCAGAGAACCAUGAUAAAUUUUAUGACAGUACAAAGAAAAAUAAAAUAAAAUUGCGCAAGCAAUAUAAACUUAUAAAAAAUCAUAAUUGUCACAAUUUCAAAUCAUCAAAAUUAAAAAAAAAGGUGGUAGGAGAGUUAAUGUUUGAUCGCUUUUUUAAAGUCAAAUUCAACGUAGAUUUCCACUCUUAUAUUUCGAAUUAAAUGUAAUUUUUUAAUUCUUAUUUAUAUAAAAAAAAAAAGUUGUUAAAUGCAACAGUAUAUAAAAUAUAAAUUAUUCAGGGAAAUUUUGAAUUUUUGGUAUAAUUGUUAUUUUUAUGUGAAUAAAAUAAGGCACUCGUACGUCCAAAUACAAUCUAGCUGUCUUCCCCAAUAAAUAGCGCAAACUACCUCCGCUAAACUCGAUAUCAGAUUAAAAAAUGAUUUUUUAAAAUUUUGACUUUAAAAAAUAACGAAAAAUUUAUCUGCUGAAUAAAACAAACCAUUAAAUUGAGUGGUUAACAAAUGGAAGAGAAAAAAUAAAUAUUUAUAUGAAAUAUCAUAAUAUUUAUGCAAGCACGAAAUAGAAAAAUUAACUCAAGUAUGUAUAAUAUUCAUGGUUUGAAAUGUCAUCCACACCCACUUCAUGAUAACUCUUUGUAAUAAAAAAAAAAAAAAAAAAAAAUGAGUAACGAGAAACUCGUAUAAAAAUAAGUUUAUACUUAUUUAUAUUCAUGAACAUAAGAUAUAUAUGUAUACCUAUACACGAAUUAUAUUAAUGUUAUUAUUUACUGACAAUUUGAUCCAUAUUAUUUUUAAACAGAUUUGAAUGUCAAUCGAGAUAAUUUAUUAGCACCCGUACAAAAAUUAAAAAAUAGAGACAAUCUGAAAUUUAUAGCAGAUUUUUUAAAACGUAUGGUCAAUAGGCAAAGAAUUUAAAUGAACUGGAAAUUAAUCUACUAUUAAAACUUUUUUAAAAUUUUUAGAAACUCGUUGCAAAAGAAAGAUAAAUCAUGUACAGACAUAUGAUCCGUAUAUGGAGAAUAAGUGAAAAUUGGCCAUCUAUGAAGCAUAUAUGAUUCAUAAAUACUUCAUAUAUGUUUCAUAUAUGGGAAUAUAUGAUGCAUAUAUGUGAAUAUAUCUGAAGCCUAUAUGCAGCAUAAAUAUAACAUAUGUAGAACCUAUGGAUCAUGUAUAGAAGUAUAUGAAGCAUAUAUACUUCAUAUAUGGAUACAUAUGAUGCAUAUAAGAGAAUAUAUGAUGCAUAGAUGGGAAUAUAUGAAACCUAUAUAGAUCAUUUAUGGAAAUAUAUGAGAAUAUAUGGAGCAUAUAUGGGCAUAUAUGAUAAUAUAUGGAUACGUAUAUGCAUAUAAGAGAAUAUAUGAUGCAUAAAUGGGAAUACAUGAAGCCUAUAUAGAUCAUUUAUGGAAAUAUAUGAGAAUAUAUGGAGCAUAUAUGGGCAUAUAUGAUACAUAUAUGGAUACGUAUAUGCAUAUAAGAGAAUAUAUGAUGCAUAAAUGGGAAUAUAUGAAACCUAUAUAGAUCAUUUAUGGAAAUAUAUGAGAAUAUAUGGAGCAUAUAUGGGCAUAUAUGAUACAUAUAUGGAUACGUAUAUGCAUAUAAGAGAAUAUAUGAUGCAUAAAUGGGAAUACAUGAAGCCUAUAUGGAUCAUAUAUGGAUAUAUAUGAGUAUAUAGAGCAUAUAUGGGCAUAUAUGAUGCAUACAUAGGAAUAUAUAUGAAGCUUCCAUGCAGCAUAAAUUUAGCAUACAUGUAGAACCUAUGAAUCAUAUAUUGAAGUAUAUGAAGCAUAUAUGGAUCAUAUACAUGAGUAUAUGAAGCACAUAUGUGAAUACAUAAAUCCUAUACUCAGCAUAAUUGGCGCAUAUAUGUAGCAUCUAUGGAUUAUAUACAGAAAUAUAUCGAGCAUAUAUGGAUAUACAAAGCAUAUAUGCCUAUAUGUGGAUAAUUUUCAUAUAUGACCAUAUAUGACUCAUUUUUAACGGAAAUAAUUAAUUUAAUUCUGUUAAAAAUGAAAUCGUGCCCUAAAGAUCAAUAUUAUAUCGAGUACGAAUCAUCAGUAAUUGUAUAAAAAAUUUUACAAGGUUUUAAUGAUAGAUUGAUUAUAGAAAAUCCAUUCAUUUAAAUUUUUUGCUCAUUACUCAUAUUUUUUAUUGAAAAUAGUAAAACUAUAAGAUUGUAAUCUCACAAGAUAUCGAUGUAUCUUUAAUUUUUUUGUUUUUGUAUGGGUAGUAAUAAUUAUAUAAUUAUAUUUACUACAUUAUUUAAAAUAGUAAAAUAAAAAAUAAAUUCGUAUUGAUUAUGCAGUUAAAUUUUCCAUGAAAAUUUAUCGUAAAAAAUAAUGCUUGCAGAUUAAAAAGUAAAUUGUUAUGUAAAAAAUCAUGCCAAACUAAAACUUCCAAAAAUAUAAGUCCUAAUUAAUGACAGCUUGAAUAACAUUCUAGUCACAUAAUUUAGUUAUAUGUCAUUAUAAAUAUAUGAUGGUUAUUUUUAAUUGUUUUUGUAAAUUUUCAUGAUAAAUUACUUUGUUGAUAAUCAUGAUGAUCCAUAAAUAGAGGAUCAUCCGUCCGACAUAAUAUUAUUUAAAUAUUAAUGUGUUAUACGAAUGUGGUGCAACUGAUACAUAUUUUUUCAUGUGAUAAUAAUUUAUUACAGAAUAUUAGCCUAGUUUUAAUCUGUGAUUUAUUAAUGCUCCAUUACACUGUGUAUUUAUUAUUAAAUAUAAUCACUUUAAUUGUCAUUAAUGUAAAUUUAAUUAUGUACUUCACUAUUAAUUACUUUAUAACACUUAUAUUUAGCUUUUAUCAAAAAUUGUAAUAACAAUUAUUAUUAUUAAAUUUAUUUAUAAAUAUUUGCCAUCAUAAUUUUUAUAUUAUUCUAUAAUAUAUAUAUGCAUAUAUAUUAGGGAUGUGCGAAUCGUGUUCGAAGCGAAUUGAAUAUAACUAUUAGAAUUUUUCCAAAUUAUCCUUCAAUUUUAUAAUCAUCUGAAAGUUUUUGAAUUCUUUGUAACUUUCAAAUUAAGGGCAUUCUCAGACAGUUCCCUCCACUUUUCAAAAAUAAUCACUGACAUUUAUUAAGUGUCAUACAGUAUUAAAAUUUUAUUAAUUAAUUUUAAAACAAUUAAAGCUUUAAUUGAAAAAAGAACAACGUAGAAGUAAUUUCAUCGAGGCACAAAAUUAAAAAAAAAUUACUUGCAGUUGAUGUCAAUUAGGAGUUAAACGAAAUUUGUUAAACAAAUUUAAGCCUAAAAAAUUUGAAAAUUCAAAUUAUAAAACUUACAUGAAGAUUUCACUGAAACUUAUAUUCCAAAUUUCGUUUUACUCCUAAUCGAUAUCCUGUAAAUAAUUUUUUUUAAAAAUCGGUGUCUUGGCAUAUUGUAACUGCUUUGGCCUUUUUUAAAUUAAUUAUCAAAAUUUUAAUGCGGUCAUUACAAUUGACAGUCAUUAAAUAUUUUUAAGAAACAGAGGGCACUGUCUGAGGAUGGCCUUAAUCGAUUCGAAAGAUAAAAUUAUCAGCUUUGAAAUAUUGAAUUUUUCAUUAAUGGAGGGCUUAGUUUUUAAAGUAACUAAAAGUAUUAUUUCGUAGAUUCGCGUCUAAGCUCAUUUACUUCUGCCAAAAAUUUGAAUUUUUUAAGAAUAUAUUAAAAUUUUAAGUCGUUAAAAAACACGAUUUUGAAAUUAUUCGUAAAUUUUCAAAUAAUUCGUGAAGUAACGAAUAAUUCGGAAAGUUUCUAAUUAUUUGAAAAUUGGUUCCACCAAGAAUAUCUCUCCGACAAAAUAUCUCCAGGACAAAAUCUGUUGAACACGAUCUCUAUAAACGAGAUCUUAUAAUAAUUUAUGUAAUUAUAAUAAUUUCUACACUUACAACUGGAAUCGUAUUCAGGUUUUUUUUUCACAUUUUAUGUGUAUAUCAUAAAUAAAUAGAAUGUGUUACUCAUACAUGUAUGAAAUCAUGGGAUAUUCUCAACCCAAAUUUGACAUUAUCGUCAAUUGCAAGAACUUGACGUAAACUUAUUGUGAAGUUAAUCAAAAUCACGUAAAAUUUUUGAAGUGAUAGUAUGGUCAUCAGGGAUUGACUGAUAAAAAUAAUUUUAGAAAUUUUAUCCUGAAGAGAUUUAUUCCAGAGAGAUAAAGUCGUGUUACUUGAAAAUUUAUGACUGAUUUGAAAAUUCACUACUAAUUUUUAAAGUUUUGAAUAAUUCAUAAAUUUACGAAUUAUUCAAAAGCUCACGAGCAAUUCAAAACAUUCCGAAUUAUUCGAUUCGAUUCCAUACGAAUAAUUUGUACGUAUGAAUUAUUCGCACACUCCUAAUAUACAUAUACAUAUAUAUAUAAUUUCAUUAAAAAGAUUAAACCAAUUAUUGUUGAGUGAAUGCACAAUUAAAUUACAUUAAAUUUAAUUAAUUAAAAUUAUUUUACUUUCCAAUAAAAAAAAAAAAAAAAAAUACGUCCUUGUCCGUCAAAUUUGUAACAUAAAUAACGAGAAGAAGACAAGAUAAUUAAAAAAAAGUACUAGUCACAAAUCUGUGGCUAAGUGGAACUAAAAAAAGUGUAUAAAGGUGUGAAAAUCGAUAAGUUAAAAUUUAUAUUACUCAUAUUUUUCUAUUUUUGAAGUAUAUCACUCACUUUGUUCAUAGAUUUAUAUAACAAUUAUUGCUAAUGAAUUUCCUAUUAUUUAAUCACUUUAUUUUAUAUUCAACACUAAUUUAAGCGACCAGUAUUAUUAAUUACAAAUCGUAAUGCAUAUCGACAUUUAAAUUUCCAUUACAAAUAAAUAAUAUACAUACAUACAUAUAUAUAUGUAUUGUAUAUAUAUACUGAUUGUAUUUAAAAAAUAACGGGUUGUACGAGAUAUGUUUCACGUGUUAAUUUAAUUAUAAGAUUUCAUAAUUCAUGUUAAACAUUUAGUACUAGAUAUUAAUUACCUUAGAAAAAUAAUCAUAUUAAUCAUCCUACGCUAUCGUAUUAUAUAAUAAAGAUAAACUACUGUGUAGAUACUCCCUGUACCUUAAAAUUUAUAUGACGUAGAACAACUCCGAUAUACUUAUAAUUAUUAAUUAUUAUUAUUAAAUUAUUUAUUUAUUUUAAAAAAAAUAUAUAUAGUUUUAGGUCAGUAGGGCCUACUAUUAUAUUAGCGUACCCUCAGUAAGACAUUUAUUUGAUAAUAUAGAAAAAAUAUGAGAUCAUGUUCAGUACAGUAGAGUCUGGUUGUAGACCGAAGGCUACUCUCUCACGUAAAUUAAUUUUUUUCUGUAAGUAAGAGUACAUAUGGAAACAUUCUGUGCAACCAGACUCUAGUGUUCAUAAUCUUAAUGUAGUUAUUUAUGUAUAACGUAAGCGGAUUAUAAAAAUGGGCCGUGCAAUACUUAACGAGUUGAAGUACGAAUAUUUUUGUUGUUGCAACAGACCAAAGAUGUUUCAAUAAUUUGUUAGAACUUAACAAUGUACUCUUUUAAAUUCCCGUAAUUAGUUAUUAAUAAUAAUAAUAAUAAUAAUAAUAAUAAUAAAAUAUUUAAUAAAUAUCUAUAAAAUAA